UGUUACGCCUCCGCGACCAGACACAAGCCUGUCACCAACAAGCAAGGCAGCACACGCACACGAUCACUGAACGUGCGUGUUGUACCCCCCUUCCCCAACACUCCCACACACACACACAAUCACUCUCUCUCUCUCUGUCUCAAUUUCCAGUGAACCACGCCUUUGCUCUUUGCUUCGUUCAUUUUCUUGAUCCUUUCUCCCUUGAACAUAACGAUUCCAAGGCAUCAGAGCCCCACUCGCUGAUCCCACCGCACCUGUUUUCCUUUUCUCUCCCUUCCCACAUCCUCUUCUCUUCUUCUCCUCCUCAGACCUUCCCCCCCCCCCUCCCCUCAUCCGUCCCUCUCCUCCUCCUACCCACCCGUCCCUGCUCUCCAGCAAAAUGGUGUCCGUGGGUGCUGCGUUGCGAUCGCCGCUGUUCUGGGCAUGCGUGGGCAUGGUGAUCGGCGCGCUUGGGCAGCUGCUCUCCCUGCCGUGCUUCCUCGGACAGCUGCGGGAGGGUGGCCCGUACUUUGUCCUGUUCUGGUGCUCGUGCCUCUUCAACAUCUUCUUCUGGACACUGGUGGGCGUCCGCAGCUGCACGGGCAAGAUCCCACGCCACAUGCACCGGCAGUCCGUCACGUGGGGGUUCCAGGGGCGCCUGCUGCUCAUCGGCAUCAGCGACGCCGCCAACGGCAUCCUGCUUGUCUUCGCCACGGCCAACACCCCAAACGACCUGCAGGGCCCCUUGUUGCAGGCCACCAUCCCGCUCACCCUUGUUGCCAGCUACUUUGUGCGGCACGUGGAGAAGCGGUACCGUCUGUGGCAGAUUGUCGGCGCCAUCGUCACCAUGAUAGGCAUCUUUGUCUCCCUCGUGCCCGCCCUGCACAGCGCGGCCACGCACAAGCACGACGCGCAGUUCCCCAACGGCACGUGGUGGGCGGCCGUGUUUGUGUUCAGCUGCGUCCCCGCGGUCCUGAUGAACGUGUACAUGGAGGCCAUCUUCAACAAGUACCGCGACACGUCCACGGACUCGUACGACAAGUACCUCCUCCUGGCCUGGGAGAGCCUGUACCAGGUCCUGGCCAUGGUCGCCCUCUGGUGGACGGACUUCCUGCCUGGGUUUGGGCCCUCAUCCAACUUCCACGACGCAGCCCACUCCCUUGCCGGCGGCUUCAAGUGCUUCUUUGGGGCGGAGAGCGGCUGCCAGUAUGCCGCGCUCAUGGGCAUCCUGUUUGCGGGCUUCUACAUCAUGUCCUACGUCUUCACCGCCAUUGUCGCCGACACGGACUCCGCCAACAUGGCCUCCCUCAUCGCCGCGCUGGCCAACCCGCUCUCGUCCGUGUUCUGGAUCGCCGUGCCCCAGGCCAACCGCUGGUGCCACGGCGCAAGCAUCUCCCGCGUGGACAUGAUCUGGGCCCUUGCCUCCCUCCCCGUCAUCCUCAUCGGCACCGUCAUGUUCAAGGCGUUUGAGCCCGAGAAGCUGCACGACGGCUACACGUCCAUCCAGGGCGAUGGCAAGGACGAGGGCGCCGGCGGUGACACGUACGGGCACGGGUACAUUGUUGGUGGGAUGCCCACGCACGGCAAGAGCGUGCAGGACAAGUUCAACCCACCCCCGCCCCCAAUGAAUGGCUACUAUUCGAAUGGCAGCGGUAAUGGAAACAGUAGACACGGUGCACGAGGAGACCAAGCGAGCUAUCAACGUCGUGAAUGGGCAUAGAUAGGGUAGACAGGCCUUUGCGUGUGUGUCUGUGUCUGUGUGUGUGUGUGUGUGCGCGUCUGCGUCUGCGUCUGUCUGUGUGUGUGUGUGCAUUUGAGUUGGUUUGUGUGAUUCUGCCUUCUGUGUUGUCUCUUCUGCCUCUAUCUCUGCUUCUGCCUCUGCUUCUUUCUUGCCUGCAGGCAAGUAAACAACCGAAGCACGACAUGCCCCAACCACCACUCUUUCCUUGCGUUACAACUCACCUUUUGCAACUUGCAGGCUCGCGAUCUCCCUCUCUUCUUUCUCUCUUCUUUUCUCUCCCUUUGCUGUCUCUGUGACGUCUAUUGGUGGGCCUUCUCUUCGUGGCGUGUGUUCCACAACACUCAGCACACAAUGGAUACGACAACAGACAUCAA